UUAAGGGGAAAUUUGAGGCUUAGCAGCCGUUUUUAGCCAACCCGUUUCUGAAAAAUAAAAAGUUUAAUAACUAAUUAUUUGCGUUUAAACCCAAAUAAUUGUGAUAAUUAUCGGUCUGGUGUUAAGCUAUUUAAUUUAAGUCCACUCAACAUGGUUUCGACCGAGGAUACCAUUCUGCAUUUUAAGUUUGUGUAUUUCCAACUCUCCGGGUUUGGUUAGGUGUUUGAUAUCACAAUAAGUCAAAGCUUCUCUUAUGAACUGUUAUCAUUUUGUUUGUAUUUCCAUUUAGUCGUUAAAUUCCUUAUUUUGUCGACUAAAAAUAGCACAAAUGCACCUUGACUCGACCUGAUGUCCCCCCCCUUCGCACCUGAAUGGUCGCUCCCAUCAUGGACGCCAUUUACUGACGGUGAAUAUCAUUGUGCCUAAAUAUUCAAUCAACAGCCUACCAAUUAGUCGGCGUAAAUAUUAAUAGGAUAAUUUAUGUGAUUUUUUUGCGAUAUGUGCAGCCACAUGGACGUUUAAUGAGAUUUAUGAGCGACUGGAUCGGUUAUCGUCAUUGCAUGGGGGAGAUCUGCUAAGCGCGGCUACCUGGCAGUCUAUGAGGUGUUGGCGGCAUCAUGAGUGAGUUGAAGGAUUGCCCCCCACUCAAAUACUACGACUUCAAACCCGUGGAGCACGUCAAGGUGUGUCCCCGCUACACGGCUGUGCUUGGCCGCUCGGAGGACGAUGGCAUCGGCAUCGAGGAGCUGGACACCCUGCAGCUGGAGCUGGAGACGCUGCUGUCCUCAGCCAGCCGCCGCCUCCGAGCCCUGGAGGAGCAGAGACAGAUCCUCACAGACUGGCAGGACAAGAAGGGAGAUAAACGCUUCCUGAAGUUGGGAAAAGACCCGGACCCCUCUGCAUCAUCUCGCCACAAACCCAAGAAGCAGAAGGUAGAUGGCAAAGGCAGUCAUGGACCGGGGCCUGGUCCUGGCAGACCCAAGUCCAAAAACCUGCAGCCCAAAGUCCAAGAGUAUGAGUUUACAGAAGACCCACAAGACAUUCCCCGCACGCCGAAAAACGACGCGCCCAACAGAUUUUGGGCGUCCGUCGAGCCAUAUUGUGCCGAUAUCACAAAUGAAGAGAUCAGAUUGCUAGAGGAGCUUCUGAAACCCCCGGAAGAUGAAGCUGAAUAUUACAAAAUCCCUGCUUUGGGCAAACACUAUUCUCAGCGCUGGGCUCAGGAGGAUCUGCUGGAGGAGCAGAGGGAGGGAGCACGAGCCAACGACAAGAAGAAGAACCUGAUGGGAGGGCCUCUCUCUGAGCUGGACGCAAAAGAUGUCGACUCCUUGCUGAAAAAAUCCGAGUCCCAACACGACUCUCCAGAGGACGGCUGUCCCUUCGGGCCGCUCACCCAGCGUCUGCUCCAGGCCCUCGUCGAGGAGAACAUUAUAUCCCCCAUGGAGGAUUCUCCUAUUCCGGACAUUUCAGGGAAAGAUGCUAACGACGGCGCUGGGACCUCUCCUCGAAGCCAGGGCAAAGCCUUUAGUGUUCCUCACACACGCCCCCUGGAGGCACGGAUCAAGGAGGAGCUGGUUUCGCAGGGACUGCUGGACUCUGAGGAGCGACCUGGACCAGGAGGAGACUCUGAGGACGAGGUCCUGGCUGAGCUGCACAAGAGACAAGCAGAGCUCAAAGCCCUGAGCGCUCACAACAGAGCCCGCAAGCAGGAGCUGCUGCGGUUGGCGAGGGAGGAGAUGAGUAAGCAGGAUCUGAGGCAGAGAGUCCGGAUGUCUGACAACGAGGUCAUGGAGGGAUUUCGGCGCAUCAUGGCAGCCAGGCAGAAGAAACGUACGCCGACCAAGAAGGAGAAAGACCAGGCCUGGAAGGCACUGAAGGAGAGGGACAGCAUCCUCAAAUUACUGGAUGGAUAAACAGUUUGGGCGUUGGGCUGCAGGUGGAAAAGCUGCAGGAGGACGAGCGUUUCUUCUUUUGAGUAACAGUGAGUGAACAGCUGUAUGGAUGCAAUCAUAGGCUUGUUCCAGUGGCCAUGAACAUUUUUUUUUUUUUUUUUAACACAGUGCCCAUGUGACAGCUGUGUGCAGUUAGUGGACAGAGCAGGGUGUGUUGAUAAUGUAUGAUAUUGUUGACUAGAGUUCUGCUUGAUUUGAGUAGCGAUAUUUUUGUAGCAUGUGUAGUGUGCAACGUUCAGAAGACUUUUUCAUCAUUUCAUGCGGUCAGAUUGGGUAUGCAUCACUUUUUCUCCUUUUUUUUUAUUUUCUGUUGAGUUUCGUACUUUGUUUACCAUGUAGCACAAUAGAAAACAGUAACUAUGAAUGUUUGAAUAAAUCACUACCGCUAAAAA